UUUCGAAUAUCAAGAAUGUCGAAGAUGUGUGAGAUACGGCAUCCGUUAGAUUAUGAACGUCUUUUAAAACACAUUGAUAAGCACCACCGAAGUCAAGGUAGUCGGCACAAGUCGGCAGUAGUCGGGGUAUCUAUAAGUUACGAUGGAGGAGAAGGAAUCGGGGAAAUGGGAUAUUGUUAUCCCAAUAUGUAUGAAUAUGAUAAUGUCGAUAGUGGCAUAUUUUUUAACGGUACGCCUAAUUCCCAGAGUGAAAGACACUUUCAUCAAAGCUAACUUAUACGGGAUAGACUUGAAUAAAAGGAGCAGCGAAAAGGUACCAGAGGCACUGGGUGUUAUUAGUGGAUGCACGUUUCUUAUAACAUUGUUUCUUUUUAUUCCAAUACCUUUCGGAGAGUAUUUAUUCCACCAGGUGAAUUUUCCACAUCAUGAGUUCGUUGAUAUGCUAGCAGCGUUACUUUCUAUAUGUUGUAUGCUGUUAUUGGGUUUUGCGGAUGACGUCUUGGAUUUGCAAUGGAGGCAUAAGCUGCUUCUACCUACUAUCGCAUCACUGCCAUUAUUAAUGGUAUACUAUGUUAAUUUCAAUUCUACUAUGAUCAUAGUACCAAAACCGUUGAGGUCGUGGUUUGGAUUUACCAUUGACUUGGGGAUAGUAUACUAUUUAUACAUGGGGAUGCUUGCUGUGUUUUGUACAAAUGCCAUAAACAUUCUCGCUGGUAUUAAUGGACUGGAAGUUGGACAAAGUUUGGUGAUAGCUACAAGCAUAGCUAUAUUUAAUUUCAUCGAGUUAUCUGGUGACCUGUGGAAGGCUCAUCGAUUCUCCCUCUACUUUGUACUGCCAUACAUAAUGACCUCGCUUGCUCUCUUCAGAUAUAAUCGAUACCCUUCGCAAGUGUUCGUAGGGGACACAUUCUGCUAUUUGUCGGGUAUGACAUUUGCCGUGGUCGGCAUCAUUGGCCAUUUUAGCAAGACUGCGAUCCUUUUCUUCAUACCGCAGAUAUUGAACUUCCUGUACAGCGUACCACAAUUAUUCCACCUACUGCCCUGUCCACGUCACAGGAUACCAAAAUACAAUAUGGAAACUGGAAAACUUGAUCCUAGCGUCACAGUUUUCAACAUGGCCGAUUUAAAUCCCGUAGCCAGAUUAAUCAUGUGGAUGUUCAAAAUGUUGCGGUUAGUCAGAUGGCAGGAAAGUAAUGGCGUGGUCACGUGCAAUAAUUUAACGUUAAUCAACUUUUUCUUGAUCCUGAUUGGCCCUACAAAGGAACCUGCUCUCACCAGAAUGCUCAUGUACUUCCAGGUGUUUUGCAGUUUAUUGGCCUUUACUAUAAGGUAUCCUCUUGCCUCCAUAUUUUACGACGUUUGAAAGAAUAAAAAGCAGAGGGUUCCUAAAAAUCCUGGAUUCAUUACGUGGUGCGACAAGUAAAUCGAAUACACCUAAAGCUGCGAUAAAUAAGGCUAAUGUAUCUAAUGCUGUGACUAAUUCAAUAUGUUACAUAGGUUAAUUAUUUUCCUUUACACGGAAAACGUAUACCAAAACUAGCAAGAUAUUAUGGAGCCUAAAUUACGUUUGGAGCCGGUAUAAAUUUGGUAUGAAUUUGAUUGUAUGAUGUGGGAAAAAUAUUUAAAAAACAUAGAACUAUAUGUACAUCUGCAUUUACUAAAGCGCUGUUUUCGUGCGUAUGUAUGAAUAAGUGUACGUAUGAAUGAAUGUAUGUAUGUACGUAUGCAUGUAUGUAUGUGUCACGAACAAAGGUAACGCUUUUUCGGCGGGUUCCGGUUCAUAUUUUGAAAAUCGCCGAUACAUGUCCCUUCUAAAUCGAGGUUGAGAAUGUCAAAAGUUUCAUCGGAUGAAAAAAAUUCCGAUCGCAUGAUCGAGAUUCGGUGAUUGGUUGAAGAAACUCGGCGCAAUUGAGCCACUGCAAAGAGCCGUGUGCGUCUGCACUCGGGAUAUAUCUAGUAUGUUAUUAUUAAGACCCAAAAUCCGUGAAAACCCAUUUUAACUAGAAAUAAUAUGGAGUCUUUCUUAAACCUAGUUCCGAUUAGACAUAACGCCAUGUGACGAAUCACUUUUAUGAAAAUCCGAAUGCUGCACAUUUUGAAGCUGAUUCAAAAUGAUUGAAAUAUACGGUGUAAUUCGAAGAACUGACGAUUCCAAUAAAUGAAGCCAAAAAUCGUGUGAAUUAAACAGUGAA